AUGACAUCUGCAGAGACUAAAAAGCGUGAUAAUUGGUAUUCUUUCACGAAAAAGAUGAUCGAAGCUUAUAAUGUAAUUCUGAUGCAGAUUCCUUCAGGCGCACUACGUGAUCAGUUGAAGACAGACCACCAAUCUGAUUUUAACUACACAAUGGAUAACUUUACUCAGACAACAAAGACAAAUUUGAUAAAUAUGUUAUCACAGUUCUUGUAUUACGAAAAUUCGAUGUCGUACAUACCAACAAAUGAUACUUUGUCGGACAGAGUUCGAGUAAAUAUCGAUUCUGCGGCAGAAUUGAGUACAAAGUCGAUUUUGGAUGUUUACGAUACGAAUACUGACUUAUCGAAGAAGUUAUCGUUGGUCAGUUACAUUUUCUAUGCUGUUGCUUGGGCUUUGGAGCUUUUUGUUGCAAUUCCAUGUUUUGUUGCGAUUAUGAACGGACUCAAAGAGGAAUUGAAGUAUUUAUUCUCUUUGUAUUUGACGAUGGCAAGGUCAACAAUAUCGAAAUUCAUUGAUGGAACUGCAAAUACAAGAAGAACCGACCACAGAUCAAUUUCUGUUCUUCUUACGUCAACAGUAAUGGGACAUACGAGAAGUACAACGGAUCUGAGCCAAGACGAGACCGGAGAAGACAAGAUUAUGAACGUUGCAGAUACAUUCAAGGUUUUGGUGAAUGAUAGUGGAGAUCAAUCAUCUGUUUUACCUCCAAAGUUCACUACCAAAGCUUUAAUGAUCUUUACAUCGUUCACAUUCAUGCCUUUGAUCAUUGCAACAGUAAACUUCUUGAUUAUGGACUUCCAAGUCAAGGAAUUGAACAGAUGCAUGUAUACAAUGCAAGUUAUCUCAGAAAGAACCUUGAAAGCCUCAUUAAUUCUCUAUCAUUGA